CGUCCACCCCCAGUAUGCGGAACUCCUCAUACGGUUGAAGAUGAAGAGGAGGAUGUUGUGAAGGCAGGUUAGAGCUGACCGAGCAGAGGUGGACACGCACUUUGCAUCUUUUUUUAACUAUGACGCGAAGCCGGAGUUUGGAGUCGACGCCUGUUCCUUAUGUUUUUAACUGCCACAGGACACUGUGAGAGGAAGAGGCCGACUCCUUCGCUCGCUCUUUGACCGAGAAGGACAUCUCCAACCCAGGCCGUCACCACCACCACCACCACCAGCAGCAGCAGCUGGCGUCUCAGUGACGGUAGAAGCUAGCCGGCUAAUGUCAGUCGGACCAAGUCAUUUUGGAAUCCCGAAAAUGAUUCUUAAAACACAGUGCUUCGCAAGACUAAUGAAAUUUCCCAGCUGUGAUUGAAAUCCACCACUGAAUAACUAGUGACCAUUCAUCCCGGAUGUCGUGAAAUUCAAGACGUGUUUGAUCCAACAUGGAGAAAAAGAAGAUGUGCCCACGACUCCUGGACUACUUGGUGGUGGUCGGUGCAAGGCAACCGAGCAGUGAUAGUGUGGCCCAGACGCCUCAGCUCCUCCGCCGAUACCCACUCGAGGACCACCAGGACUUUCCACUCCCACCAGAUGUGGUGUUCUUUUGCCAACCAGAAGGCUGCCUGAGUAUACGCCAGCGUAGGGUUAGCCUUCGUGACGACUCCUCAUUCGUUUUCACUCUGACUGACAAAGACUCAGGAAUUACUCGUUAUGGAAUCUGUGUCAACUUCUACCGAUCAUUUCAGCGUGGGCAUCACCGUACCCGUGCAGACAAGAGUGGUCACACAGAGACGGCAACACAAGGGGGGGACGGUACAAGUGAGGGGUCUGAAGGUAGCAGUGGGGGCCAGUCUUCUGUUUUAUCACUGCCCAACAACGCUGAGUCAGCUUCUCAGCCUGCUUCUGGAGAUGACAUUGAACAACAAAGUACUGAGCAAAAUACUGGAAAAGCUGCACAGCUUAGACGAAAUGCAGCUAAAAUGGCUGCUAGGAGUCGCAACAGUACACUGACCUCACUAUGCAUACUCAGCCACUACCCCUUCUUCUCCACCUUCAGGGAAUGUCUCUAUAUUCUCAAAAGGAUGGUGGACUGCUGCAGUCAGAGGUUAACACAGCGCGCUGGACUGCCCCGCACUUUCCAAAGGGACACCAUGUGGCGAGUGUUCACUGGGGCACUCUCAGUGGAAGAGAAGGGUAGCCAGCUGCUGGCUGACCUACGGGACAUUGAAUCCUGGAUAUACCGGUUGCAACGUUCACCUGUACCAGUGGCAGGUCAGAGACGUGUGGAUGUGGAAGUUCUGCCCCAUGAAAUGAAACGGCCUCUCACCUUUGCCCUGCCUGACAACUCCCGCUUCUCAAUGGUUGAUUUCCCACUGCACUUGCCUUUGGAGUUGCUGGGCGUGGAUGCCUGUCUUCAGGUUCUCGCCUGUGUCUUGCUAGAGCACAAGGUUAUCCUCCAGUCUCGAGAUUACAAUGCUUUAUCUAUGAGUGUAAUGGCAUUUGUGGCCAUGAUUUACCCUCUGGAGUACAUGUUCCCUGUCAUCCCCCUAUUGCCAACAUGCAUGACCUCAGCUGAACAGCUCCUUCUUGCCCCUACUCCCUAUAUUAUUGGUGUACCAGCGAGUUUCUUCCUUUACAAAUCGGGCUUCAAAAUUCCAGAUGAUGUGUGGCUUGUGGAUCUGGACAGCAGCAAGGUUAUGGCACCUACAAACGCUGAGAUUCUGCCACCUCUUCCAGAGCCAGAAGCUGGCGAGCUUAAGAAACAUCUGAAGCAGUGUCUGCUUAGAUUGACUGUGAUCACCCAAAAGCAGAUCUUCUCCUGUGACAAUAAGGCCUUGGCGAGCAUGAGUUUGAACACUCAACCCAUUUUGAACCUGGAGAAGUUCCAGGAAGGGCAGGAAAUGCCUCUGCUUCCUCCUGGACGUGAUAAAGCUUCGCCAUCAUCCACAGAGUUCAACCCCCUCAUUUAUGGCAAUGAUGUUGAUUCUGUGGAUGUCGCCACAAGGGUGGCGAUGGUACGGUUCUUCAACUCUCAAAAUGUUCUCCAUGGUUUUCAAAUGCACACAAGGACUUUGCGCCUCUUUCCACGCCCUGUGGUGGCUUUUCAGUCAACGUCUUUUCUUGCGUCUCGACCGAGGCGCUCUGGUUUUGCUGAUAAGCUUUCCCACACACAAGCCGUGGAGUUCUAUGGAGAGUGGGCUCUUAAUCCAACUAACCUCGCGUUUCAGAGGAUACAUAACAAUGUGUUUGACCCAUCCUUAAUUGGCGACAAACCUAAAUGGUAUGCUCACCAGCUUCAGCCAGUAGUUUACAGAGUGUUUGACGGGAGCUCCCAGCUGGUUGAGGCGAUGGCAAGUCCAUUUGAGGAUGAGAGCAAUGACUCCGACCCAACAGACAGUGGUAGUGACAGUGAGGCAUAUGAUGACUCAAGCUCAUCCUAUUCCUCACUUGGAGACCUUGUAAGUGAGAUGAUUCAAGGAGAUAUUCAGGGAGACACACCAAGCCUUGAACCACAUACCCAUGCUGCUCUGGGAGACGCAAGUGAGGUGGCUUUUCAAGAUUUCCAGGACAUCAGAGAAGGACAUGGUCCAGGGAGUUCAUCUAGCGGGGAUGGUCCUGCAGAACAAUCAGAUGGACAACCCCAUCGCUCAAGCUCCAGCACAACUGCAAGCUCCAGUCCCAGCACAAUCAUCCAGGGAGUCAACCAUGACCAGGGGGAAGCGCCUGAUAAUGAGGCAUCAGCUGUUUCUGCCCCACAGAACCCUGUGCCAGGACUUGGAAGCCAGCCAUUUCUCAGAUCAACAGCUGAUGCUAGCCUGGUGGACCCGGCAAUAAGAAAACGAGAGUAUGACAACCCCUAUUUUGAGCCUCAGUAUGGCUUCCCCUCUGAAGAUGAUCCUGAUACAGAAGAACAAGUGGAGUCAUACACCCCUCGAUUCAACCAGAACCUCAAUGGCAACAAGGCUCAGCGUCCUUCACGUCCCAGUAGUCUGAGGCUUCCUGGUGAGUCUGAUGGAGAGGGGGAUUCCCAUAACAGCUCACCAAACUCAACCAUUUCCAACAGCAGCAAUGACGGAUUUGGAGGACUCAUGUCCUUUGCUAGUAAUCUUUACAAGAAUCAUGGCACCAGCUUUAGUCUGUCCCAUCUUGCUCUACCCAACAAAGCUGGAAGAGAGAAGUCAACACCUUUCCCCAGUCUCAAAGAAUAUUUGAGUUUUGAUAUAGAGGAGGAGAUGGACCAAGCAGAUGCACCUGACAGCCCGGGUGCACGUGCACCUCGAGCACUUGUGGAUCAGAAGUCUUCUGUCAUCAAGCACAGCCCAACAGUGAAGAGGGAAUCUCCAUCUCCUCAGGGUGGCAACAACACAAGCGAAAACCAGCAGUUCUUAAAGGAGGUUGUACAGAGUGUUCUGGAUGGACAAGGAGUCGGCUGGCUCAACAUGAAAAAAGUGCGCCGCCUGUUGGAGAAUGAGCAGCUUCGUGUGUUUGUGCUGAGCAAAUUGAAUAGAGCCACCCAGUCAGAGGAAGACUCCAGACAGGAAAUCAUACGUGAUGUAGAGGUGAGCAGGAAGGUGUACAAGGGCAUGCUGGACAUCUUGAAGUGUACAGUGUCCAGUUUGGAGCAUUCCUACACAAAUGCGGGCCUUGGAGGAAUGGCCAGUGUCUUCAGCGUGUUGGAGAUAGCGCGCACACAUUAUCAGACCAAAGACCCUGAAAAGCGCAAGCGAAGCCCCACAGACAGUGCUGGCAGCCCAGGCAGUAAAGAGAGUCCUUCUGGUCGUAUGGAGGCUGCCAAACCUCAAGGACUUCUGAACAUUCCCCAUCUGCAGCUGCCACAUCACACAACGGGCAGAGGAGCCCGCCAUUUUGACACCAGGAGUCUGAAUGAAGAAAACUUUAUUGCCUCGAUUGAAUUGUGGAGCAAGCACCAGGAUAAGCAAAAAUCUAUGGAAAAACCACAGAGGGCUGAAGGAGCAAAGCAGCAGCGCCCUCAAGUGACUGAUGCAGAGGAGAAGAAAUCACAGAUCAGUGCUGAUAGUGGACUCAGUGUUACAUCUGCAUCUCAGAGGAGUGACACAGAUUCUGUAACAAGUUCAGAACCUCCCAUCUUAACGAGAAGUACGAGUCAAGACUCUGAGGCGAGCACAAUAAGCAAUAGCUCUGGAGAGACUCUUGGUGCUGACAGUGACUUGAGCAGCACAGCGGGAGAUGGCCUGGGCGGAAGAAGCGCUCUACAUUUAGCCCAGUCCAGAGGGACCCUCUCUGACAGUGAGAUUGAAACCAACCCUGCCACCAGCUCAGUCUUUGGAAAAACUCACACACUGAAACCAGGGGCAAAAGAACAUGCAUCAGCAAUGGCAAAGGGGAUGCCCAUUCAGCCUAUGGAGGAUAUCAGUAUGAGGAUCUAUCUUUGUGAAGGCCUGCUUGGCCGUGAUAAGAACUCCGUUUGGGAUCAACUAGAGGAUGCUGCCAUGGAAACCUUUUCGCUAAGUAAAGAGCGCUCCACGCUGUGGGACCAGGUGCAGUUUUGGGAGGAUGCCUUCUUAGAUGCUGUCAUGUUAGAGCGUGAGGGGAUGGGAUUGGACCAAGGACCUCAAGAGAUGAUUGAAAGAUACAUGUCCUUGGGAGAACAUGACCGCAAGCGUCUGGAGGACGAUGAGGACAAACUGCUGGCGACCUUGCUGCACAACAUGAUCGCAUACAUGCUAAUGAUGAAAGUGAACAAAAAUGACAUCAGGAAGAAAGUGAGGCGUUUGGUGGGCAAGUCCCACAUUGGCCUUACCUAUAGCCAGGAGAUCAAUGAGCUGCUGGACAAAUUGGCCCAAAUGAACGGCCGUGAGCUUGCUAUCAGGGCCUGUGGGAGCCGUCAUAUCAAGAAGCAAACCUUUGUUGUGCAUGCUGGUACAGAUACAACUGGGGACAUUUUUUUUAUGGAGGUAUGUGAUGACUGCAUAGUCCUGCGCAGCAACAUUGGCACAGUGUACGAACGCUGGUGGUAUGAAAAGCUCAUCAACAUGACUUACUGCCCCAAGACCAAGGUUUUAUGUCUCUGGAGACGCAACGGCCAAGAGACACAACUCAAUAAGUUCUACACCAAGAAGUGUCGAGAACUCUACUACUGUGUUAAAGACAGUAUGGAAAGAGCUGCAGCCAGACAGCAAAGCUCAAAACCAGGUCCAGAGCUGGGGGGGGAGUUUCCUGUCCAGGACAUGAAAACUGGUGAGGGAGGAUUGCUGCAAGUCACUCUGGAGGGAAUCAACCUGAAAUUCAUGCACAGUCAGGUUUUCAUAGAGCUGAGUCACAUAAAAAAGUGCAAUACAGUGAAGGGAGUCUUUGUCCUGGAGGAAUUUGUUCCUGAAACUAAAGAAGUGGUGAUCCACAAGUACAAGACCCCCAUGGCACAUCAGAUCUGUUACUCAGUCCUCUGCCUUUUCUCCUACGUGGCAGCUGUGAAGGGGAAGGAGGCGGACGGAAAAGCCAAGAUUCUAUCGCCAAGACCCCUGCCUAGCUAGUGCACCCCUCCCCAACCUUGACCCCACCCAACUUCUUUCCCUCCAUGUGCCUCUACUAGAGGUGGCGUCACGGCUGAAACACCACAGACAAUCCCUUAGCGACAUGAAAGCACACGCACCGUGUAAAUAGCGGCCUGUUUGGGACCCUCCGUCUAGGUGUUUGACUGUACCGGGUGAUGUUGUGUAAAUACUUGCUCUUCUUCUCCGCUGUCGUGUAGAUCCACCCUUCCCUACCCACCUCCCCAAAUCCCAGGAAAUGUCAUCACGCUGUGUCCUCGUCCAUUUGUGUCUUCAGUCUGGAAAAUGUUCUUAUACAAUAGAGAUGGAACCAAGUGCAUGCAGGUCCCAUGCACCCCCACCCUCCCAUAGAAGUGCUACUUCCUGUGAUGAUGUGCAUAGUUGCUGUGAUGUCACUCUGUCCAAACCACCAACACUCCCAGACUUGUCAUGCUUAAACCACAAUUACUGUUCUAGUUUUACUGUAACCUCGUCUGUGCUCUGCUGUUGAUCAUGUCUAGCAUGAUUCCAAAAUAAAUAUUAUAUAUAUUUAUAUAUAUAUAUAUAUCAUAUUUAUUUAAUAUAUAAAUUGUUGCUGUAUAGUUCCAAGAAAGUAAUAUAUCAACUAUUGAAUUGCUUCAUGUGCAAUACUAAGUAGUUCCAGCCAGCUUCCUGUCCCACCUGGCUUUCACAGGGUGAACUUUUUCUUUAUAUUGUGACAUAAGUGAUUUCCUGAAAGUGUGAAUAGACUACAGAAAGGUGAUACUACACUUGAGUAGUACCACUAUCAAUACAAGUACUUGUCACCCGUCACAUUUUCUCCAGUGUCCUCGUCAUCCAAGUCAAAAAUAUCGGUACGACAAGCCUGUCAUUUUAGUCACGUGACUGUAAAGGUGAAUAAGUAGGACAUUCCACUGCUGUUAAAAAAAAAAAAGCCACCUCCUCUGUGUGAAUGUGACAAGAACGCCUGGAUCGUCUCCACUCAAUUCAAAUCGAAAAGCUUGUUCAAAGCUCGUUGUGCUUCGAGUGGUCAUGUUCGUCAUUGUGUUGACCGGCUGCUGUCGUGCGAAGAGAACGUAUGAAAGAGAAUAUGUACAGCUUCAGCAAUAUGUAUAAUAAAGUUGUCCAAACUGGA